AUGAGCGACGAAGAAGCAAGCAAGAUUACAAACGCAGGCGAGCAAAAACUCAAAGGAGAUAUUGAAAAAGAAAUUGCUAAGUUAAAGUAUUUCUUAGAAGAAACAAAUGAAAUUAUUGAAGCGAAAGAUUGCGAUGAAAUGGAAGCCAUAUACAAUCGCGCCGGGAAAAUAAUUGUCAAAAUAUCAGAGCUUGUUUCGCAAACAGAAGAGUUGAAAAUCAAUAACGGAAAAACAAACGAAAAACAAGAAAAGGCUCAAGACGAAGCAGAAUUACGACGAUUAGAAUUAAAAGAUAAACAAUUUCAACAAAAAGAACAAAGGCGGGCUAAUUUGAAACCGGGUGAAGUUGGUUACAAGAUUGCAUGGGAAAGAUUAAAAAGCGAGUAUGGUCACCCCAAACAUGUUAUCAAUGCCCAUAUGGAUGCAAUAAUUAACUUAACUCCAGUGAGAGGGCAUAAUUAUGAAAAGAUGCAAGAUUUCUAUGAGAAAUUAAGCAAUAAUUUCGAUGCAAUUCAAACUCUGGGAGACGGUGAAAAACUUUCCGGAUUUGUUAUGACCACUAUCAACAAGUUGCCACACAUAAAAGCCGACUUGGUUCGAGCAGAUGAGGACUGGGAAGAAUGGUCCAUGGAUGUACUAUUACUGAAUUUGCAAAAGUGGCUUCGACGAAAUAAAGUGGAAGAUGCGAGCAAUCAGAAAGAAACCAGAUGCAAGAAACCAGAAGGACACUGGUAUCAAAAGUCAUCCGGACCCCCAAAACCUCACUGUGUUUUUUGUUCGAAUAAUGAAUACUGGAGUGAUCAAUGCAAAACAGUGAAACGAUUGGCCGACCGAAAGAAAUUCUUCGCUGAGAAGAAUUUGUGUUUUAACUGUAGUCGCACUGGGCACAGGGGAAAUCAAUGUCGAAGUCGUGGUUGCCUGAAGUGUAAGGCCAGACAUCACACAAGCCCGUGUGAUAAGAAUGAAGAUGACCAGGAGAACAAGUUAGUAACUGGAUUUACCACUCUAACUGAGGAGAAAUCGCUUCCAGCCAUUGUACCUGUCAAGAUAAAGGGACAAACCCUGUGGGCAUAUCUCGACACUGGCUCAGGUCGAGACUUUAUUUCACGCGAGGCUGCAAAGAAACUCAAUUUGAAUCCAACACAUCACGAAUCCCACGAGAUUGUAACCGUGACUGGCACCUCGACUCAAGCCAUGCCUAUUUUCCAAACAACCAUAAAUUCUCUUGAUAUGAAAGUACAUGAAGAUAUUGAAUUGACCGGUUCUAGACUCCAAAAUUUUACCACAGUUAAAAUACCAGAUAUAAAUGAACUCAAGAAGAAAUACACCCAUAUGCAAGACAAAGGAUUUUACAUGACCAGCGAUGGACAACAUCCAAUUCAUAUCAUACUUGGUGAUGGCACAUACAGCAGAAUUUGA